AUGAACAGGUUUCGUUUUGGCGACUCCGAGGAGUCGGCCUCAGAUCUUGACGAUGAUACCUCCGACUUGCCAUUCCCUGAGCCUCUCACUCGAUCAUCGUUCCUCGCCCCCGACUUUGACCCCGCAGACUACCUCUCGUCCUUGACCAAUCGGCACCAGAGCCUCGAAGACCUCCGACAAGAACUGCGGAAUCUAGACCAAGCGCUCAGUCGGGAGUUGCUAGAUUUAGUCAAUGAGAACUAUGGUGAUUUCUUAUCGCUUGGUAGUGCAUUGCAAGGGGGCGAAGAGAAGGUCGAGCAGGUUCGGGUUGGGCUGUUGUCAUUUCAGAGGGAGGUUCAAGCUAUACGGGACAAGGUGGAAGCGAGGCAGAGCGACUUGGAAAAGCUCUUGAAUGAAAAGAGGCGUCUGACAGGGCAUGCAAACAUCGCUCGGGCUCUGUUAGACUUCGCAGAGCGUGUUGAGGACCUGGAGAAACGAUUGAUGAUUGGCGACGCACCGACCCAGCACCAACACGAAUCGGCCGAGGUAUUCGAGAGAGACUCGGACCUGCUGGAUAGUGAGAGUGAGGAAACUGACGAAGAAGAUCUGCCCACCGGCUCAUCUGCCGCGCCACUGGUGUCUCUGCGAAGGCUGGAAAAUCACAUACAGAAAUACGUCUACCUCACCCGACUCGCUUCGCGGAUUGGCGAUGAUCAUCCAUUUUUACUUAACCAACGACCCCGAUUAGCGAAGAUCAGGGCCACGGUGCUCGUGGACCUGAAGACAGCACUUGAGCAAGGCAGUCAUGCUGGAGCGAGACGGGAUACGAAGACGAUGGCCGUAUUGCGACUCUACAAACUAAUGGGCGAGGAUACCAGUGCGGUAACCGCAUUGAAGAAUCUGAAGAUAUAA